UUGAAAACAUAGCUGAGUUAUUGAUUAACGCGAUUUAUCUUAUAGAGUAUUUACAUAAUUGUGUUCCGUUUUUGGUAGAUGAUUUCAUAAAUUAGAAAUGAUCAAACUCAUUCACGCUGGCCGUGUUUACUCGGGCUGUUUUAUAUAACCAAAAUUAAAUAAGCUGAAACCCUUACAUGCAGUGAAAUGGAAUUUGGCAGAUUUGUGUAGACUGAAGCUUUAGCUCUUGUACAGUGAUCCUACUCGAAUUGUUCGGAUUAUAACUCAUAUAACUCGGAUAAAACGAAAAUGGAAGGGAAUAAACGUCGCAUACGAGAAAGCAGGCAAUCACAACAUAAGGACAAAGAGAUUGAGAAUCGUACGAGUGAAAGAGCGGAGCUUUUAGAACGAAUUCGUGCUCAAGAUGAAGAGAUACUUAAAGCUAUGGAAAGGGAACGAAAUCAGCAAAUAAAAAUUGAGGAACAGGAGAAGGAAUGUGAGCGGAUGAAAGAAAGUUGCUCUAGAUGGGAUCCAUUGCUAAAAGAAAGAAAAGACGAAUUGAGGGCAAUUAAAGCGGAGUUAAAAGAUUUUCAAGAUAAAAAUGGCGCCUUGGAAGAAGAACUUAUACAGCAAAGAAGAAUACAUGACGAGCAGGUCGAAACCAUUCAAAAGUUGAAUGAAGAGAACUCAAGGAAGGACGAAAUCAUUCUAAAGUUGAUAGAAGAAAAGUCAAGGUCAAGGAAGGACGAAACCAUUCAAAGGUUGAAUGAAAAGAACUUUAGUUUCAGGUUAUGGUUGGUAUGUUUGCUGAUUUGCAUUGCGAUAGCAGUUUUCCUUGGGUUCAAUACAACUCAACUAUCAACAGAAUGUCCAGAUAGAAAAUGGAACAUUUCAAUACUGGGGAACACGUUUAUAUCCGGUACAUAAAAACAUAUGCUAAGUCUAGAAAUAGCGAAAUGGAUUCUAUCUGAAUGGGUACGGACCAGCAGAUACCGAGAUAAAGACAGUGGAAUAAUCUAUCACAAAGAACAAGAAAACCAAACUGUUAGUCACCCCACAUAGACCCCACAGGCAUAUGAAGUAGAGAAAUACACGUAAAUCACCACACACGGACGACACACGCAUCAAAAUUAUCGAUGAAAUAACCAUAUGGAAUGCUGAGUAAAAUGCAAGUUUGCUGUGGAUUUCAAGUGUUGACAUUGUUGUUUGGAUUGUAAAAUACCGUGUAUCUUUUUUGAACAAAUCUCGUUUUAUACACCUGAACAUGUAUGAAGGAUUGUAUUUGUAUGCUUGCUUUAAGUGAAUUGUAGGAUUUCCGUUGUGCUUAUAAGAAUUUCAUUGUGUCAAACCACUGGCUGUAACGUGACUUUAUAAAAACCUAGUGAUCCCAAAUAAUUGUGGAAGUACUUAAAAGGGUCUGAGUAGGUGUUUAUCAACAUGUAAACACAAAUGACCAACAAAUCAUUAAAGAUAGAGUUAUGGCAGAUGAUAUUUUGGUUAUGUUUUUUAAAACUCAAAUCUGAAAUAAAAUUACCAAUUGUGCAGUAGUUCGAAAUGAAAAGAAAAGGUUUACUCUAUUUAUGUAUAAUAUAAUAAAAACGCUUUUUCUUCGCACUAAACCCUUUCAUAUUAUUCCAAUAUAUUAUUGGGUCAUCAGGCAUAAUGUUUUUCCAUUGGCGUUCUAUUGAUAGUUUAAAGCGACGUUAAAUUCGGUUUUGUGUUUGUGCCUUCCACUUUGUUAAAGCUUGUGGAUUGAGCCUUCGACUUUGUUAAAGCAUGUGAUUUGAGUCUUCGACUUUGUUUAACUUCGUGGUUUGAGCCUUCGACUUUGUUAAAGCUUGUGGUUUGAGCUUUAUACCUAAUAUUGGAUGUUACGCAUGUUCGCAUUAUUUUAGUAUGCCGUUUCACUAUACAAUACACAUCAACUCCUUUAUAAGUCACCUCAAUUUGCUGUUCAGUAACCAUUUCUUUAAACGGAGUAUUUUAAUGUUUAUUUAUCUACUUUUAUCUGCAUGGUGACAUAGAUUCAUUGAACUAAAGUAUGAUUUAUCCUAUGACAGUCAAGCAUAUAUUAUUCGAGAUGUGUUUAGAAUGUUAUAAGAAUUGUAUUCAUUCUAUAAAUAGUUGUUUUAGAAUAGAAAAUUUAGGUAUAGAUAAUGUUUUAUGUAAUUUUCGAUUUUGUAUAUAUGGGCAAACUUCUUUUAUCUGGAUUCUUUUGUAAAUUUCAAGUUUCUUAAAAAAAAGAUCCUUAUCAAAGAUUGAGCAUUAAAUUGAAUUAGUAGUAACAAAAGUAUAUGUAGACACGCUUGAUGAUGCCAAGUGCAUCUCUUCUAGAGAAUUAUCACAUGCAAACGUACGAGGGGGUACAGGUGGAUUUAUUUCAAGCGGGUAUAUAGAAGAGACAGUAAAGCACAUUCAAGAGAACUAGCGCAUGCAAUAGUACGAGGGUGUACAGGUGGAUUAGUUUGAAGUGGGAAAAAGGAGAGCCUGUAAACCGUAUUCAGCGCUCGGAUCGGGAUAAACAAUUUUUUAUCGUAAAUGCAUUCGCCCUAUGAGAAAAAUGUUGAUAUUCAACUCUAAAACUGUCGCUUCAUUCGAUAUAAAUGUAUUGAAUAUCGCAACGGUAGAAAAUAAUAUUUGCAACAAUAUCCCAAUACUCUUUAUACUCAAAUAUGUGGUUUUGAAUCUUGGAACCGAAAGUACGGUCGUAGACGGUAGGCAAUAUGUCAGCGUUUAAUAUAUGUUUUUGUCCUGGAGGAGCAGAUAUUCAAAUAUUUUAUACAAUAUUUUAAGAAAUAAAAUGA